CUGGAGUCUCCGGCAGAGCCGAAGCCGUGUGUGAGAAUCUGCUGGGUCUGGGGCUGCUCGCUCGCUCCCUGCCGCCGCCGCCGCCGCGCUUCCUCCGCAGAGCCACCGGAGCAUGGCGCAUUAGAGAAGAAUUGCGUUUCUGCGGUGCGAGAUAAAAUCCUGAUACCACAAUGGGAAAACAGAACAGCAAGUUACGCCCAGAAGUGAUGCAAGAUUUGCUAGAAAGCACAGACUUUACCGAACAUGAGAUCCAGGAGUGGUACAAAGGCUUUCUCAGAGACUGUCCAAGUGGACAUUUGUCCAUGGAGGAAUUUAAGAAAAUCUAUGGGAAUUUUUUUCCUUAUGGGGACGCUUCUAAAUUUGCUGAACAUGUGUUCCGUACAUUUGAUGCAAACGGCGAUGGGACAAUAGAUUUCAGAGAAUUUAUCAUAGCUUUGAGUGUAACGUCCCGAGGGAAACUGGAGCAAAAGCUGAAGUGGGCAUUCAGUAUGUAUGACCUGGAUGGAAAUGGAUACAUCAGCAAAGCAGAGAUGUUAGAAAUAGUCCAGGCAAUCUACAAGAUGGUUUCUUCAGUUAUGAAAAUGCCAGAAGAUGAAUCAACACCAGAAAAAAGAACUGAAAAAAUCUUCCGCCAGAUGGAUACUAACCGAGAUGGAAAACUUUCUCUGGAAGAGUUUAUUCGAGGAGCCAAAAGCGACCCAUCCAUUGUCCGUCUCCUUCAAUGUGAUCCCAGCAGUGCUGGACAGUUUUAAAGCUGAUGUUUGUAUUA